AUGAAGCGCCAGGCUAAGAAGGAAAUACCGCCAGAGACAAACACCGCUCAAUCCUCUUUUCAUGGGGAUGGCUUACAAAACAGCGGAAAUGGACAUAUCACAGUGGGACGGGAUAUAAACAUAGGAAAUUCGAGUGAUGGCUCCUCGGACUGUCAACGAGCCCUCUUUGUGACGGAUCCCCAUGAAGACAAGAACGCAUUAAAGCGCAAGAAAGGAGGCCAUGCUCCUGGGACCUGCCAGUGGAUACUCCGUACGAAAGAGCUUACUGCCUGGCUUAGUUCUGGAACGGCAAUGGAUCCCCAGCGUCAGGCGAACCAAGUCCUUUGGCUUCACGGGAACCCUGGAACUGGCAAAUCGAUCAUGGCUAUAUACCUCACAGAAGAGCUACCGACAGCUUCAUCCAACAUGGACGGGGCAACGCUAGCCUACUUUUUCUGUGACUCUGGGUUUCACACACGUAAUAAUGCGACUUCCAUUGUUAGAGGGCUGCUUUACCAGCUCGUUGGACAGCACCGGCAUCUUCUGGAUUACAUCUUGCCAAAUUACCUUACGCGUGGGGCAGAACUAUUCACGUCGUUCGACGCUCUCUGGAACAUAUUCAUGGCUAUGGUGGCGGAUCGGAGUAUAGGUCGAACAUACUGUAUCAUUGACGCGCUGGAUGAAUGCGACCAAGAAUCGCAACAGAGCCUAUUGUAUCAGCUUGAAGAAACCUUUCAGAGUGGAAAUGUGUCGCCUAAUGUUCGGAUAUUGGUGACUAGCAGGCCAUAUCCGGAGAUACGCGAACGUCUGGAAAGGUUCCCGAAUAAAGAUUUGGCUUCUUUCUCCGAGGGUCAGGGGGAUAUUGAUCUUUGCAUCAAGGAGAGAGUGAAUCAUCUGGCCGAAAGAAAAAGGUACACCAACAAGCUCCAAGAACAAGUCCGCAAGAUUCUCCGAGACAAAGCCGAAGGCACUUUCCUCUGGGUUGGUUUGGCGUGUGACGAACUGAAGGAUAUCCCUUCAAACCGUGUCAUCAGUGCCUUGCAAAACAUACCGAAAGGGCUUAAUGCAAUCUACAAGAAGCUUCUCGAGACGGCCUCGGAACGGAAUGAGACCAGCGGCGAAGAUCUCCGACGUCUCCUGGGUUACAUGGUUGUAAGCUUGCGACCACUGACUGUCUCAGAGCUAUGUGAAGCAUGCCAGCUGCAUCAGGAGGAAGAAGACUUUGAGACAAGAAUCCAGUUCACACACGAUAGCAUUGAUUCGUGCCGCUUGUUGAUCAUCGUUCAAGACGAAAGAGUCCUUCUAUUACAUCAAUCAGUGAAGGACUACCUCGCCGGGGCUAGCUCGAGCUAUUUUAUCGGAGAGCUCGAGGCACAUGCUCGCCUUGCAUAUCGGUGUGUUGAUCUUCUUAUUGCGCAGUUCCACAGCGUGGAUCAAGCACAUACUAGUUUCUCAGAUUAUGCAACUUCUGAAUGGACUAAUCAUGCACGGAUGGCCAAGUCAAGUUUCAAAGUUCAAUCUGCACAAACGGAGUUUUUUCAACUCAUUUCUCCUUGUCGCGAGCAGUGGCUAAAGCGAGCCAGGUCACCGACGGGAUUGCGGAUUCCAAGCAAGUCCUCCAUCUUUCACGUAGCUGCACGGUGGGGUAUCUCUGCUUUAGUGGAUCAUGCGUCCGACUUGGGAUUUCAAGAAUCCCACACAGACAGGUCGACUCAAAUUGUUCAUAUCAAUUGCUUGGAUCGUACUGGUAAAACGCCUCUCGAACAAGCUGUUGGGUCAAGACAUGCGAAUGCUGUUGGUGCCCUUCUGAGCCGAGGUGGGAAGGUUACUACACAGGUCGUGGAGGCUGCAGCUGAAAACCAUUGGAAUGGUAAAGAAGUGAUGACAUUGCUGCUCGACCGCUGCGGAGACCAGAUCACUAUCACGGACAAGGUGAUGAAGGCUGCGGCUAGAAAUGGCGGACAGGGUGAGAAAGUGAUGGCACUACUCCUCGACCGCCGCGGAGACCAGAUCACCAUCACCGAAGAGGUGAUGAAGACUGCGGCUAAAAGCUGGCAGAGUGGAGAAAAAGUGAUAGCACUACUACUCGACCGCCGUGGAGACCAGAUUACUAUUACUGAAGAGGUGGUGAAGACUGCGAUUGAGAACUGGCAGAGUGGGGAAAGAGUGAUAGCACUACUACUCGACCACCGUGGAGACCAGAUCAUCAUCACCGAAGAGGUGGUGAAGACAGCAGCUAGAAACUGGGGGAGUGAAAAAGUGAUGGCACUACUACUCGACCGCUGCGGAAACCAGAUCACCAUCACCGACGAGGUGGUGAAGACUGCGGCUGGAAACUGGUAG